AUGGACCUGGAGCAAACCUGUGCAGCUUUGCACUCAGAAAAUGAACAACUCAAGCAGGAAAAUGAUCAGCUGAAGUCAUUGCUGAGUGUAAUGAAGGAGAACAUGGACCUGAGAGCCAGAAUACAGAGUUUCAAUAGGGAUGUAUUGGAGGACAUAACAGCCUCAGAACUGAAGACAGUCACUGAGGGGCACAACACCUUUGAUGAAAGACAGUUCAGAAACGAAAUGCAGCAAACAAAAGCCAAGCAAGGACAGCGAACCUCGUCUCCCAUCGACUUCAAGUCUCUCAUCCAAUGCUCCAUGAACACAGACGCUAAUGUGGAAGCGGAGCCUCAGAGCAGUCAGACUGAGUUUCCUCCUGACACCAAAGGUCCAGAUAGGUUGUUUGGAGAAAUUUCCUACCAGCUGGACAGGAGGAUUCUGGCCUUUGUUUUCCAGGGCCAGAAGAGGUUCUAUGGUUUCACAGUGCUCAACAUAGCAGAUAAGGUCGUCGAGGUCAGCACACACCCGCUGACAGGGAAGGUGGAUGAAGGCUAUCGACUUUUCCUUGCCCAGAGGUUUGCAGGGCUCAUGGACAGGCUGAGCCAGCUCGGGUACAAAGCGGCACUUCACCCUGCUUUCACCGAAUUCAUCAUCAACACCUACGGCAUCCUGAAGAAGAAGCCUGAGGAAAACAGCGCGCAGGAACUGGAUUACAAUAAUCCAGACUUUCUGAAGAAGCAGAUACUGACAUCUGCGCCCAGAAAACUUCAGAAGGACCUGCUGCUUGUGCUCACUUGCCUCCACAGCAUGGCGGAGAAGGAUGGAAAGCCUCUCCUUCUGUGGUAGAAAACACCAAAUAAAUUACAUACUUGCUUA